ACACAGUUGGAAGUCUCAUAAUAUUAACAGAUUGAGAGCUGGACUACUGCUGAUCAGAAUGAUCAUGUACUCAGGCAAAAAGUGACUUUGCAGUAACCUGCAUGGGAUUCUGAUAUGAAAGAAUAAACAAGAUUUGCUCACGUUUCCAUUUUUGUUCAACUGAAAUUGAAAGCUUCUCACUGAAGAUAAGAAAAACAGCAAAUGUUGGAAUCUGGAAUGAAAACAACACUCUAGAAGAACUCAGCAGGUCAGCUGUGAAGGCAAAAAUUCUUCAGAUUCCCCAUUGUGAAAACGAUACUGCUGACAUUUAUCAGUCUGGGAGUAGGCGCAUAAUUGAGACCACAGAUGCCCGACAGACAUGGCUCUCCAUUCCACAUGGUCUGCCUUAUGGAAGAUUCUCAACAGGGUCUUAAACUGGUGGAGACUGAUGCUGGUGCCCAAACUGAAACCAACGAUCGAGCCUCUCUCCUACUGGACAACUAAAGUUGAGUUUCAGGAGCCAAUUCCAAUCUCAACAAAUGGAAAACUGUAUGCAAGCCUCACCAUCCCCUCAGAGACUGGCCACAGCCAGAUAGCUGCAGAUCAGAUUAUUCAGAAGUUCAUUAGACUGCAAGAAGAAAGCAAAGAAUCAACAAAGAGAAUUAUUAUGAUUGAAAAUGACAUUGAGUCUAUUAAAUUAGAAAUAGCCAAGAUUCAGACAGAAUGGCAAAACCGACAGCAAGAAAUACCAACAGAGUACAGUAGGACCAAGGGUCAGCCUUAUGUUGAGUGCAGUGAUCAGAGAAUGAGGACCAGGGACAUGGAUCUUCCUUGGGCGUACAAGAUGCCGAAAGAAACCCAGGCUCAAAACUUCACAUGCCGACAGAGGAGAGAUUACUCCAUAAAUGAUGAAGUGGACUACCCCUGCAAUUUCCUACCACAAUCUAAUAAAAGCAGCCAAACAGAGUUGAUACCAUUUACAGGCGGACUCCCUGACAAGCACUAUAUCACUGAAAUGCCCCUUUACAGCCUUCCAUGUGGGUCCACCCGUUUCACUUCUGUGACAAGCUACCACUCCUACAGACAUGGAUCUCUGCUGUACAGAUUUAACACUGCUGUCAGAAGUGUUCAACCCUUGAAAGCAUAUGCACCCCACUCUAUCUUAGAUUUAAAGAUCGGGCACAGAGUGAAGAUUAUCUUGCCAAUUGGCAAAGUUGGCACAGGUGUGUUAAGGUAUAUGGGUAUGUUGCCUGGUGCACCAGAAGUCUGUUUCGGCGUGGAACUGGAGUUUCCUGAAAAUGGCCUACAUAAUGGAGAGUUUGCAGGGCACUGCUAUUUCCACUGCAAGCCCAAUCAAGGCAUUUUUGUCAAUUUUAGCAAAAUAUUGAUGAUCCUCGAGUGAAGAUGGUUAAUUAAAAGGAAAAGGAUUCUACCUAUUUAGCUAUCAGAAGGAACAUUACAUCAAUAACGAUAAAAAGAAUCCAGCCACUAUCCAAUUCAAGUGAUGAGAUGUGGUGGCCAACUCUGCAAAAUGCUCCUGAACCAUUCAUCAUAUUGGUUCCAUGAAUUCCAACUUCCUUUAUAACAGGGAAUAUAUCUAUUUGUGCUUGUUUUAAAAAUCAGCUCUGAUACGUUGUCUCCACUGUUAACGAGUGUGUAGCUUUUAAAUUGAUAGUAUUCUCUACUUUUGGCUUUUCCAUUGGAAUGUAUCUUUGUUCAAAAUCUUAUGCAUAGUACACCGUGUGGGAUUGUGACUUCAUCUCACACAUGAGGCUCUGCACUGGACUGUCAGGUUACACUUUAAUUUGAUCAGAUUGACAGUAUUUCGAGCUUCUGCAGACUCUUGUGUUUUUGAUUGACUUCUUCACUGUGACGUCUCUUCAAAGGAAACCUACCCUGAAGAAGCUUAAUUCUUCUCUUCGACGAGAUUCUCUCUCACUGCUCCCCCUCUGUGAUCUCUGCUGCCCUCCGACUCUUCAACCAUGUGCUCUCCCAGACUUGCUAUGACAGCCAUGUCCUUUCUCCUCUGGUCCACUCUCCACUCCUAUCAGAUUCUUUCUUCUCCAGCUCUUAAUCUUUCCCACCCACCUGGCUUUACCUAUUACCUUCCAGCUAACCUCUUUCCCUGCCUUUUUACUCUGGCAUUCCAUUUCCUUCUCAGUCCCGAAGAAGGGUCUCAGCCUGAAAUGUCUGCUGUUUAUUCUUUUCCAUAAAUACUGUCUGAUCUGCUGAGUUCCUUCAGUGUUCUGUGUGUGUUGCUUUGGAGAAUGAUGACUUUAAUGACAGGAUAAACUGAAUGGUGGUGUUGUAGUGUAGAUCCAACUGAUGGAUGAGGUUACCAGCGUGGUGCACCCGAAGAAUUUCAUACAGAGUGAACCAAAAUUAUCUUGUGAAAGAAGGUUUGCAAAUAAUAUUUUUCUCUGUCUGCAAAAUGUUUCAUAGUCAACAAUUUAUGUACAUUUUGAAUAUUAAUAUUAUUUUUUAAAAUAUUAAAAUAUUAAUAUCAUUUUCCAGGAGGCUCUAACACUUCUCUGACAUUUACUUCUCUCUCCUUUUGGUCCUAAUUUAUAUUUCAUGCGAUAUAGGCAUGUGCUCUAACUUCAUUCCUGUUAACCAAAAAUGAUAGUCAUAUGACGUCAAUAAUGUGAUGAGAACCUAAGAACAAUGGAAGCAGGUGCAUGUGUGGACUGAUUGGCUCCUGGAGUCUGCUUCACCAUCUAAUAAAAUCGUGACCAAUCUAAUAUCACUUUCCCAUUCUCCUCGACUCCGCAGUGAAGAAGAAAUGCAUUUCCAAAACUCCCCCAAAAACAAUGCUAUUUUAGCAGAUCUGCACCCACAGAACAUAGCGCUGAACCAAGCCUAGCCAUUUCAACGCAGACCGUUGGGAUGGUUGUGCAGCUCUGUAGAAUAGUCACUUGCAUAUCCUGUACAGAGUUACCGGAGUCACUGGGGACAUUCAUAGCCCGGAAGGGAAAUUGUGUGCAGUUGUUCCUUAGAGAAUGUGAGAAGCUUGUAAAAGGGCAAAUUCCAUAGUGCUGCAUUCAGAUCUGAUGUGUGGAAUUCAUGGCAUAGCAACCAGUUAUUCAGGCUAUUAAAUUCCCCCCCAUUGUCUAUGCUCAAUGUAAGAGUAUUUCCACCUCAGAAUUUCUCAGGCCUCAAAUUUUACCAACAUAUCUUCUUUUCUUAUUUCUCCCUUUACAUUUAUUCUGCUGAUUCUAGUACCAUUCACAAGUUUGACAUUCUAAUCACUAUAGACAUAUCUCCUGAAUUCCAUGUUGAUUUUUUAUAUAUGUGUCCUUUAGUCUUAUCCUACCUUGCAUGCAUGCAGUCUUCAAUUUGCUGUAGGUAUUAUCAGGGUGUAGCUUACUCACCUCUUGCUGGAAGAAAUAUUCCACUAUUUGAUCUUUUCAGAUAUGUGCAACUUUGUAUUAAUGCUAUUAUUCCAGUAAUGUUUUGCACCAAAUCAUUGAACAGUAUAGUACAGGGACAGGCUAUGUGGCCUACAAUGUUGUGCCGAAGCAGCUAAAAAGCAAAUCAAAAUACCCAAACACUAAUCCCUCCUACCUACACCAUGUCCAUAUCCAUCCAUCUUCCUUACAUCCACGUGCCUAUCCAAAUGUCUCUUAAAAAGCCUCCAUAUAUUUGCCUCUACCACUAUACCAGGCAGCAGAUUCCAGGUAUCCCCAACUCUCGGAGUAAAGAAAAGUUACCCCUCACAGCCCCUUUGAGCCUAUCCCCUCUCACCUUCAUUUCAUGCCCCCUGCUGUUAGACAUUUCAACCCUGGGAAAGAGAUAUUCUCUGUCCACUCUUAUUGUGCCCCUCAUAAUCUUACAAACCUCUACCAGAUCUCCCCUCAGCUUCCAGUGCUCCAGAAAUAAUAACCCAAAUUUAUCCAGCCUCUUGUGAUAGCUCAUGCCUUCUAAACCAGACAGCAUCCUGGCAAACCUCUUCGGCACCCUCUCCAAAGCCUCCACACCUUCCUAUAUAUGUAUUAUAGAUAGAUAGUUUAUUGAUCCCAAAAGAAACUAGUGUCACAGUAGCAUUAAAGUGCACAGAUAUUCAAAUAUUAGAAGAAUUACAGUAAAUCUACCCUUUAUAGUUUUAUGAGUAGUCUUCAAAUGUAUAGUUUGAUUUUAUUUUGAAUCACUUAAUUAAGUUCUGAAACAAAUUCUAAUGAUUUUUUGUCUGUACCCUCAAAGAUCCUUAAGAUUUUAUUGAGGAUUUAUGGCCUUUAUUCUUCCUGUCAAAUAUAUCAAUAUGCAGUAUAUAGUGAGACUUUAUAGCAAUGUGAAAGCAACUCUUAAAGGAAGUAGUGUGAUAUUUACAAGAAGUGCAAACUUCGUACUGGAAAUGUGUGCUCAGUGUAGGACUGAUACACAAUAAACAUUUAUAUGUAUUUGCUUUUAACGGCUCACUCUUUCCAAGGAAGUAGUGGGAUGCAUGAAAUCAAACAUCAUGAUCCAAACUCGAGAGGAGUGCAUCUCCCUUUGUGUGACAAAAUAUUUUAUGACUGAGUUAACCAAGUUAAAUCAAAUAACUGGUCAUCACUUAAUAAAAUUUAAAGCGUUAGUUUUGAUUUCCCAUGCGGACAAAUUUAAUGACAGUGAAUUAGAACAGUAAAUUUUAAAAUAUAUAUAUAUCAAAAACAUGUUAUCAAAAUAACAAUUUAUACAUUUUUAGUUUUUCAUCAAGUGGUAGCUUGAAAAUAAACAGAUUUUUAAUGGA